UUAUUGUGCUUAGUCCUUUGGUCCCUUUUGCUUUCCGCUUCCAAUAUCUCCAUUAAAUGCUUAUUGUCUUCUCUCUUCUUCUUCUUCUUCUCUCUCUCUCUCUCAUUAUGUAUCUGCAUUUUUAGUACUUACUUUCUGUCUCCUGCUUCUAGGGUUUCUCUCUCAAAAUCUAACUACAAAAUAGUUUCAAUCCCCUUUUAAUUCAUUUUUAUUUCUAUUAAAGCUCCUAUAUGGCUACCAUAUUUUUGAUGCUACAAGAAUCAAGGUACAUAGCUUGAAAGACUUUGCACUACCAAAAGGAAAAUUUAAGACUGUUAGCAGGAAAUUAAAGUGUCUCUAAGCAAGCAAGAUGGCUUCUUCCAGCAGCUACUCCAACCCUCCAUGUGCAGCUUGCAAAUUCUUGCGACGAAAAUGCUUGCCAGGUUGCAUCUUCGCUCCCUAUUUUCCUCCAGAAGAGCCAACAAAAUUCGCCAACGUACACAAAAUAUUUGGUGCGAGCAACGUAAGUAAACUCCUAAAUGAAAUCCAACCUCACCAGAGAGAAGAUGCAGUCAAUUCACUUGCUUAUGAAGCCGAAGCACGUAUGAAAGAUCCAGUUUAUGGUUGUGUUGGAGCAAUUUCAGUUUUACAAAGACAAGUUAUUCGCCUUCAGAAAGAACUUGAUGCCACUAAUGCUGAUUUAAUGCGAUAUACCAAUCGCGAAGUUAAUAAUUCACAUGCAUAUAAUAAUCCGUCUGGAGGAGCUAUGAAUAAUCAAAUGGUAAAUCAACAAAGGAGUAAUUUGAAUUAUGGGAGAAGAAUGGGUCCUGUUGAUGGAACAGCUACUGGAUUUGAUCAAACUUAUGGGUUUUGUAUUCCAAAUUAUUCUCCUAAUACAUGGAACAGUAAUACCAUUUCAGGUAAUCACAACCCUGAGGCAGAUGAUGACAGUAGCAUGUGAUCAAAUGUCAUCCAAUAUAAUGAUUAGUACGUACUUAUUUUGUGUUAUUUCUAUAGCUAUUACUUUGUUAAUCAAUAUUGCUAAUUGCUCCCUUUUGAAUGGGCAAUUAAGUGCAUUUGUAUUUGUACAAAAACUAAACUAUAUAUAUAUGGUGGUGACUUGGGUGUUGU